AUGGCUUCUUCGGCGGUCCUCAAAGCGUCCGCAGCUCUGAAAUCUCGGGUCCGCCGGCCCUCUAUGCUGAACAAGCUCGCACAUCCUGAGGAUUUGAUACCAUUCUUCCCUAAUGGCGCGUAUAUAGGCUGGUCGGGGUUCACUGGAGUUGGGUAUCCAAAUUCCCUUUACACAAAUGCUAAUCACGCUCUGGCCAACAGGAAAAUACCUACGAUGCUCGCAGACCACGUCGAGAAGAAUUCACUUCAAGGUCAACUGAAAUACUCGCUGUUUGUGGGGGCGUCUUCUGGCGCGGAGACAGAGAAUAGGUGGGCUGAAUUGAAUAUGAUUGAGAGACGGAGUCCGCAUCAGGUUGGCAAGCAGAUUGCGAAGGGGAUCAAUAAUGGUGAUAUCAAAUUUUUUGAUAAGCAUUUAUCCAUGUUUCCGGUGGAUUUGGUCUACGGAUUCUACACCAAAGAUCGGCCAAACAAGAAGCUGGAUGUUGUUAUUGUUGAAGCGACUGCGAUUACAGAAGAUGGAGGCAUUGUCCCAGGAGCUUCAGUGGGAGCUUCACCAGAGUUGAUACAGAUGGCUGAUAAGGUCAUUAUUGAAGUCAACACAGCUACGCCAUCCUUCGAGGGCCUUCACGAUAUCACAAUGACUGAGCUUCCACCUCACCGAAAACCUUACCUGAUCAUGGCUCCCGAAGAUAGAAUCGGAACAACUUCUAUUCCAGUAGACCCGGAGAAAGUUGUUGCAAUUAUCGAGUCGGAUUACCAAGAUCAGACUCAACCAAAUGCUCCAGCAGAUGCUACAUCCAAGGCCAUUGCUGGUCACCUGAUCGAGUUCCUUGAACAUGAAGUGACACAUGGUCGUCUUCCCAAGAAUCUCCUUCCAAUCCAGUCUGGUAUUGGUAACAUUGCAAAUGCAGUGAUUGGUGGACUUGCAGAAUCCAAAUUUGAGCACCUCAAAGUGUGGACUGAAGUCCUACAAGACACUUUCCUCGAUCUCUUCGACUCGGGCCGCCUCGACUUUGCAACGGCAACAUCGAUCCGCUUCUCCCCCGAAGGAUUCAAGCGUUUCUACGACGGUUGGGAACAGUACCACAACAAGCUCCUUCUACGCUCCCAACAAGUCUCUAACAACCCCGAAAUCAUCCGCCGUCUCGGCGUAAUCGGCAUGAACACCCCCGUCGAAGUAGACAUCUAUGCGCACGCCAACAGUACAUGUGUCAUGGGCUCUCGAAUGCUCAACGGCCUUGGCGGCUCCGCAGAUUUCCUCCGCUCCUCGAAAUACAGCAUCAUGCACACGCCCUCUACGCGACCCUCGAAGACAGACCCGCAUGGUUUGUCGUGUAUCGUGCCCAUGUGCACGCAUGUCGACCAAACGGAACAUGAUCUCGAUGUCAUCGUAACAGAGCAAGGUCUUGCUGAUGUCAGAGGAUUGAGUCCGAAGGAGAGAGCGAAGGUUAUUAUUGAGAAGUGCGCGCAUCCUGAAUACAAGCCGAUUCUGGAGGACUAUUUCGCGAAGGCAGAGUUUGAAUGUAUGAGAAGAGGGUGGGGGCAUGAACCGCAUUUGCUGUGGAAUUCGUUUGAUAUGCAUAAGGCGCUGGAUCAGGAGGGGAGUAUGAAAAAGAUUAAGACCUGGGGCUAG